AUGGGAGAAGGGCCAGCUCCUACCGAUCCACUUCAGAAGGCUUUACAAGAAAGUGGCGCCGUGGAUUGGAAAAGCAGCGAUUAUGCCACCAGGAAUGACCAAUCCGAUGGCGUCAAGAAGGAUGAUUCGAAGGGCGGCGGGAGCGAGAAGAAGCCUCCUCCUCCUCCUCCUCCUCGUCCAUCCGUCGCGUAUUACAAGCUGUUCGCCUACGCCGACACCUUGGACUACCUGCUCAUUGCGUUGGGGUCCGUCGGAGCGUGCACGCAUGGCGCCACGCUGCCAAUCUUCUUCCUCUUCUUCGGCGAGCUCAUUGACUCCAUGGGAGCAAGUGACAUCGGAGGCGUCAGCAAAUACGCGGCGUAUCUGGUCUAUCUGGGGCUAAUCGUCUGGCUGGGAUGCUGGCUUGUCAUCCGUCCGUCCGCCCCCUCUCCCUCGUCUCCCGCGUCUCGCCACGCAGAGGUGUCGUGCUGGAUGCACACGGGCGAGCGUCAGGCGGCGCGCAUUCGCGAGCGGUACCUGGCGGCGAUUCUGAAGCAGGAGAUCGGAUUCUUCGACACCCACUCCACCUCCGGUCAGAUCGUGAGCAACGUCUCCAGCAACGUGCUGCUCGUCCAGGACGCCAUUUCCGAGAAGGUGGGCAACUUCCUGCAUUUCAUGGCAACAUUCGUGGCAGCGUUCAUAAUCGGCUUCACCACGCUCUGGCAGCUCACGCUCGUCAUCCUCGCCAUCGUCCCCCUCAUGGCGGGCUGUGGCGCCGUCUACGCCAUCGCCAUCACGGGCCUCACCUCUAAGGGGCAGCACGCUUACGCCCAGGCAGGAGCAGUCGCGGAGCAGGCGGUGGGGCAGGUGCGCACGGUGUACUCGUUUGUAGCAGAGGAGAAGACGCUGAAGCAGUACAGGGACGCGCUGGAAACGACGGUGCAGCUGGGGUUCCAGGGGGGGUUGUUCAAGGGCAUGGGCCUGGGCGGGAUGUGCUGCGUGAUGUUCUGUGCGUGGGCGCUGCAGUUCUGGUUCGCCGCGAAGCUCGUGGCGGAUGGCAAGGCGACGGGCGGCGAGGCGCUCACCACCAUGUUCUCUGCGCUCAUCGGCGGCAUGUCUCUGGGUCAGGCGAUGCCAAACGUGACGGCGUUUGCCAAGGGGCAGGCAGCGGCGCACACCAUCUUCCAGGCCAUGCAGCGCAAGCCACCCAUGCAUGUGGACGACACCUCGGGCAACAUCCCCGCAGCCGUCAAGGGCCACUUGGAGCUCCGCAGCGUGUGCUUCUCAUAUCCCGCGCGCCCGCACGUCGCGAUUUUCGAGGACUUGUCGCUCGCGAUUGCGGCCGGCACGACGGUGGCCAUCGUGGGGUCGUCGGGGAGCGGGAAGAGCACGGUGGUGGCUCUUGUGGAGAGAUUCUAUGACCCGCUUGCAGGUGCAGUGUAUCUGGACGGGCGCGAUAUUCGCUCCCUGCAGCUGAAGUGGCUGAGGGACCAGAUUGGGCUUGUGAGUCAGGAGCCGGCGCUGUUUGCGACGAGCAUCAAGGAGAAUAUCAUGUAUGGGAAGGAUGGGUCGACGAUGGAGGAGGUGCAGGCGGCAGCCAAGGUGGCUAACGCACAUGACUUCAUCUCCGCCCUGCCCGAGGGGUACAACACGCAGGUCGGGGAGCGGGGAGUGCAGAUGUCCGGCGGUCAGAAGCAACGAAUCGCGAUUGCGCGCGCCAUUCUCCGCAACCCCGCGAUCCUCCUCCUGGACGAGGCCACGUCAUCCCUGGACGCGGAGUCAGAGAAGGUGGUGCAGACAGCUCUGGAAGGAGCCAUGAAGGGCCGCACCACCGUUGUGAUCGCCCACAGGCUGUCGACGAUCCGCGGGGCGGACUCGAUCGCAGUGGUGGGCAAGGGGCGGGUGGUGGAGCAGGGCACGCAUGACGUGCUGAUGGCGAAGGAGGGCGAGUACGCGGCGCUGGUGAAGCUGCAGCUCCAGGCCGUGCAGGCCGUGGGCAAUCCGGACGAGGUGCAUGGCGCCGCGCAGUCCUUGUCCUGCCGUCAGAGCAGUGAGUUACAGCAGUCAACCGUGUCGGACGGAGGCAGGUCUGCAGUGGACUGUGACGGAGUGAAGGAGGAGAGUGGCGAGGCCAAGAGCAACGGGUCGUGGUGGCGCCUCUUCAACCUCACCCUCCCCGACUGGCCCCACACUGCCCUGGCUGUAGUGGGCGCGGCUCUUGCUGGCGCCCUCAACGCCUCCUUUGGCCUCUUCCUCACCAUUCAUGUGUCCUCCCUCCUCUCGCCCCAUCAGAUGGUCACGGCCUACUACAAGCCAGUGGACCAGAUGCUGUCACAAGUGAACACAUGGGCCGUCAUCUUUCUGUGUCUGGGCGUCAUCACCUUCCUCGUCUACACUCUGCAGCACUACAACUUUGGCGUGGUCAGCGAGAAGCUCACCGUGCGCGUGCGCGAGCUCAUGCUCGCCUCCAUCCUGCGCAACGAGGGCGCCAUCGGGGGGCGCAUUUCAGUCGUCGCUCAGAACGUGUCCCUCAUCACCGUGGCCUUUGUGAUCUCCUUUGUGCUCAACUGGCGCAUGGCGCUCGUCGUCAUGGCCACCUUCCCGCUCGUUAUAAUCUCCGCAGCAGCACAGCAGGCGUUCAUGAAGGGCUUUGUGGGGGACCUCAAAGUGGCCCACGAGAAGGCCAGCAACGUGGCAGUGGAAGCGGUUGGGAACAUCCGAACUGUGGCUGCUCUUUCCUUGGAGGACAAAGUGCUGAGGCUCUUCCGGAAACAGCUUGAGCCUCCGCUGAAGCGGUCUCUGCAACGCGGGCAGAUCGCAGGGCUUGCUUUCGGCGGGUCGCAGUUUUGCAUGUAUGUGUCGUUUGCAAUGGGGCUGUGGUAUGGGGGGCAGCUGGUGGAGCAGAAGGAUGGGACGUUUGAGAACGUGUUUAAGGUGUUCAUGGUGCUGACGUGGUCAAGCUUUGCCAUUGCGGAGACGCUGACUCUUGCCCCGGACCUUGCCAAGGGCGGGUAUGCCAUCAACUCAUUCUUCGCUGUGCUGGACCGUCAGACCAAGAUCGUGCCUGACGAUCCGACGGCUGAGAUGGUGGAAUCAGUGAAGGGGGAGAUUGAGUUGAGGCAGGUGCGGUUUGCAUACCCUACCCGCCCAGACGCCGUCCUGUUCAAAGAUUUCAGCCUCAAGGUCCCGGCUGGGAAGACUGUAGCUCUGGUUGGGCCGUCUGGCAGUGGCAAGAGCUCCGUCAUCUCCCUUAUAGAGCGAUUCUACGACCCGCUUGCAGGCGUGGUGCUUGUGGAUGGCAAGGAUGUGAAGAGCCUGCAUCUGAGGUCGCUGCGGUCGUUCGUUGGGCUGGUGAGCCAGGAGCCUGCGCUGUUUGCGGUAUCGAUCCGGGAGAACAUUCUGUAUGGGCGGGAGGGGGCGACUGAGGCGGAGAUUGUGGAGGCAGCCAAGGCUGCAAACGCACACACGUUCAUCAGCAGCCUGCCCCGUGGAUACGACACUGAGGUGGGAGAGAGGGGUACGCAUCUCUCAGGAGGCCAGAAGCAGCGCAUUGCCAUUGCCCGAGCUGUGCUCAAGAACCCAGCCAUCCUCUUAUUGGACGAGGCCACGUCAGCCCUGGAUGCUGAGUCAGAGCGUGUGGUGCAAGAUGCUCUGGACCAUCUGAUGGUGGGCCGAACGACGGUUGUGAUUGCCCAUCGUCUCAGCACGAUUCGCAACGCUGAUAUUAUUGCGGUGGUGCAAAGUGGGAAGAUUGUAGAGCAGGGAACGCAUGAUGUGCUGUUCAGCAACCCCACGUCGGGGUAUCAUUCGCUUGUGAAGUUGCAACAGUCAAGCAGAGAUACAGGUUUGUGA